AGAAAGAGUAUAUAAGUCGUCGUAGAACCUCGAAGAAAUUGAAUAUGUCUUCCAGAAAAUCACCACACAUCCAGUCCUCCAACAUCAAACAUCAAACCACAAAGACCAUAACACCUUCAAACUUUCCAACCAAGAAAAGAGUAAAAAAAAAAUACUAGUACCAAACAUGCAAUUCUCUAUCAACCCCCUCCUCCUCGCCAUCAUCGGCACCCUUACCCUCGUCCACGCCUCCCCCGCCGGCGUCGCCUCCGGAGACCUCCUCUCCCCCCGCGAAGCCAUCCCCUUCCCCGAACCAAAGGCCAACUGCUGCUCCUGCGACCUCGAGGACCGCGGCGCCGGCAACUACGUCUGCAAGGUCGCCAAGAAGAGCAUCUGCGCCGUGCCACUCAUCGCGUGCCCGCUCGACCCGGCCACCCAGGAGCAGUGCUGCUGCUGCGACCCCAAGACGCCCGCCAUGCGUUGUAAGGCGAUCCCCAAAGGCAGCGGGUGUAUCUGCACCGCCGUCAAAUGUCCUUUCUCGUUUGACAUGUCGUUCUUGCCUGCUGGUGGUUUCUGAGGUCUCUUAAAGUGUUGGUGGAGGCUGGUGUUAGUUGGCUCAAGGGGGGUUUUAAUAUGCACGAUCUUGCCGGGGUAUUCAGCCAAUAGACUAGCAUUCAUGGGAUACUUCAAUGAACAUGGCGAGAAACUGAAGAAUAAUAUUUUUCAAACAACUCACUUUUAGUAAUACAGAUGAUAUAAGUGACGUUCCGCUGGUGAUAUGUCCAUCUCAUCGAAGCUUUGGUUUCGGAAGAAAAAGUCAGCCAAGAAGUUUUGGCAGAACACCUUCAUUCACAAUUCUUUAGACAUCAAUCGGCUGUUGCUCAGUGAGAUAGAUGGCUUUCGCGAAAUAAUCUCUUGUUACUCGGAAACUUACAAGUCCGCAGCCCGCGGGACAUCCCUCCAUGUCGCCUCAUUUUGGCGAAUGGAGCAAAAUAGAGUUAUUCCGUUGUUCAUU